AUGAAGAGCCAUAUUUCUAAUUCAGCUGUGAGUUUUCUCAUAUUGCUUCUUCUUGCGACCAACUUGGUCGAAAGCUGCAAGCCUAGUGGCCGAAUAAGAGGGAAAAAGCCUCCUCCAGGGGAAUGCAACCAAGAGAAUUACUCUGAUUGCUGCAAAAAAGGCAAAUUCUACAAAACUUACAAGUGCUCACCAAAGGUGACUGGACACACAAAAGCAGUCUUGACACUCAACAGCUUUGAGAAGGGUGGGGAUGGUGCGGCCCCCUCGGAGUGCGACAACCAGUACCACUCCGACAACACCCCGGUGGUGGCUUUGUCGACCGGAUGGUUUAGCAAUACGCAAAGAUGUCUCCAGAACAUCACCAUUUAUGGUAAUGGCCGGAGUGUCAAUGCCAUGGUUGUUGAUGAGUGUGAUUCAACUGCAGGGUGUGAUGCUGAUCAUGAUUAUCAGCCCCCAUGUCCUAAUAACAUCGUUGAUGCUUCUAAAGCUGUUUGGAAGGCUUUGAAAGUGCCAAAGAGUGAUUGGGGUGAACUUGAUAUUUACUGGUCUGAAGCUUAA